AUGAUUUCAACGCAAUAUAGAUCUAACAGACAACAAAAGUUGGCAAAAAAACAAUCAAGGUUGAAACCUUCUACUUAUACGACUCAAACCCCAUUUAGAGACGCUGAAAGAAAUUUUAAGUCGCGUUUACCACCGCCAGAUUUCUCUAACGUAAUAGAUUUUUAUAAUUUAGAUCAUUGUAAUGACGAACUUAAGAAGAAAAUCAUAAAAAUUGAAUUAAAAGCUGAAUUAGGUGAAAAUGAGGAAAGAGAAAACUUAUUUGGCGAUUAUAAAGAAUUAAAAGAAGAAGAAAAGAACAUCAUUAAAGGUGGAAGAAAGACCGCUUAUUUAAUUAAAGAUUUACCAGCACAAAAACACAUAAUUAAAAGAUGUCUAAAAGAUUUCGCGAAAGAUCCAAAUAAAAGCAACCUUGAUACUCAUUAUUUAUUACCAAAAGAAGGUUUAUGGAAUUUGCAUGAAAACAUAGUUAAUAGUGAAUUAAAUGAAAACCAUUCACAAGAUUUUAUUCCUUUAAAAGCAUCUGUGAUUGAACCAAAUAAUGAUGGUUCUUUAUACGAAGAACAAGAAGAACAAUGCAUUCCUUGUUCAAAAAAAAGGUUAACUGAGCAAGAAAAAGGGGAAAAGACGGCGAAACAAGAGACGAAGGAUGAGGAAGAAAAGCUCGAACCACCACCAUCAUCAGGUGUACCAAUAUUAACAGCUUCACAAUUAAUCAAAAAAAUAAGGUGGAUUACGUUAGGUUAUCAAUAUCAUUGGCCAACAAAGACUUAUCAUUUAGAUAAGAGGUAUUCAUUUCCCAAAGAUAUUGAAUCAUUAACAACUUUUGUAAUAAAAUCAAUUUAUGGUGUGAAAUUUAUAACAAGUGAAAAAAAAGAAAAUGAUGAACAAUAUUUCAUUAAUGAUUACGAUUAUAAAAAAUGGAAGCCUGAAGCUGGCGUUGUUAAUUACUAUCAACUUAAAGAUAAUUUAAUGGCUCAUGUUGAUAAAAGUGAAAUAAAUAUGGAGGCUCCUUUAAUCUCUUUUAGUUUUGGUCAUACAUGCAUUUUCUUAAUUGGGGGAUCAACGAGAGAUACUGCACCCAUUGCAUUGUACUUGCGCAGCGGUGAUAUAUCAAUUAUGUGUGGUCCUUGUAGAGCUAAUUUUCAUGGUGUUCCACGAAUCCUAGAAGGAACUCUUCCUAAAUAUUUGGACCCUUACUAUGACAAUGAUUCCGAAUGGAAAACUUACGGAGAUUAUAUGUCUACCUCUCGUAUUAAUGUUAAUGUUAGACAAGUCUUUUAA